AUGUCUAAGAAAGGCGAUGUCAACAACAAGCCCAAGGUGGCUCCGUCCACGCACUUGAUUGCGGGUGGUAUUGCCGGGUUUGCGGAAGCAUGCACAUGUCAUCGUGAGUCGUAUGAUCGCUAGUGAUCGCUCGAUCGCAGCUCUCAAAGGGCUCAGACUCAUCGCGAACGCUACCCUGCUUGCCGCGCAACUCAGCUCUCGACACGAUCAAGGUCCGCAUGCAACUCUCUCGCAGGGGCAAGAUCUCUGGUCAAAAGCCACGAGGUUUCCUGGCUACUGGUGCUUACAUCGUGCAGAGGGAAACGCCCCUUGGCCUUUACAAAGGUCUUGGAGCUGUCGUCGCUGGUAUUGUGCCCAAGAUGGCCAUUCGAUUCAUGAGCUUCGAGUACUACAAGGCUUACUUUGCGGAUCGCGUGACUGGCAAGACUAGCCCUUCUGGCGUCUUCUUGGGUGAGUGAUGGAGCUCCGGUGCUCUUGAAUGGUAGUGUAAUGUCGUGCUCGUCGGAGCAUUGGCCACCAUGGCCGAAAGCUUGAGCACAGAUUUGAGCAGUUGCCCCAUCUCUCCCUGGCUAACGCUCGACGCCCAUCAACCUUACGCAUCCACAGCUGGUCUCGGAGCCGGAACUACUGAGUGGGUGAUGAGAUAGAUUCUCGAGGCAGCAGGCUCGGCUGCGCAGGCGCCGCUUUCGGCCACUUGACUGACCAGAAGCCGCAUAUGAUGUUUCACCAGAGCCGUGGUGGUCGUGAAUCCGAUGGAAGUGGUCAAGAUUCGUCUCCAAGCUCAGCAACAUUCUUUGGCCGACCCUCUCGAGGUUCCUCGAUACCGAAAUGCGGCUCAUGCUUUGUACACCAUUGUGCGAGAAGAAGGCAUCACAACUCUGUACCGCGGAGUCGCUCUCACUGCUGCUCGUCAAGCUACCAACCAAGGUGAGUCAGACAAAGCUACACAGACGCAGCAGGCACGUCGAGCUAAUCUCAGGCACGUACCACAGCUGCAAACUUCACUGCUUACCAGGAGCUGAAAGCUCUGGCCCAGAGAGUGCAGGGUGUCGACGAACUCCCCAGCAUUCAGACUGGUACGAUCGGACUUAUCUCCGGAGCCCUCGGUCCAUGUAAGUCCGCACUGGGCUAUCGGUGUGUGUGGCAGCGAUCACUGGCUGACAAUUGGGCGACUCGGGCCAUCGAUCCCGUCCCUAGUCUCCAACGCCCCGUGAGUCGAAUGAAGCCGCACUGCAGUGUUAAGCCUCACUCGCUGACUAGCUGCUAUGUUCUUGGUUCGCAGCAUCGAUACCAUCAAGACACGUAUUCAGCGUGCUUCUCGUGUAGAAGGAGAGACUGCAAUCAGUCGAGUGGUCAAGGUUGCUGGAGAGAUGUUCAAGCAAGAAGGACCUGCCGCCUUUUGGAAAGGUAUCACGCCUCGCGUUGCUCGUGUCGCGCCAGGUGAGUGGCCGUCGUGCUCUGCUAGGAACACUCUGCAGGCUGUCCAAGCUGACCCUCACUUACCCGUGCUAUUCAGGCCAAGCCGUCGUCUUCACGAUCUACGAGGUGAGUAGGCGACGUACUGAUCGGGUAGACAAGCUCUGCGCUGACGGGCGUGCAACACCUUUUCUGGACAACAGAAAGUCAAGGCAUACAUCGAAGCAGCGAAAGCUGGUGAAUUCAAUGUUCGCGAUCACGACAACAGCUCGUAG